AUGGACAUGGAUACGUUCCCGGAGGGAAUGCGCGUGCUCGCCGUCGACGACGACCGCGUCUCCCUCAUGCUCGUAGAGAAGCAACUACGCAUUUGCAAGUACGACGUGACAACAGCAAUGUGCGCGGAGACAGCGCUGGAAAUGCUCAGGGCGAGGAAGGAGUACAACCAGUUCGACCUGGUGAUCACCGACGUGCACAUGCCGGGCAUGGAUGGCUUCAAGCUCCUGGAGCUCAUCGGCCUCGUGAUGGAUAUCCCAGUCAUCAUGCUAUCUGCGAACGAUGAUAAGAAGACUAUGAUGAAGGGGAUAAAGCAUGGGGCUUAUGACUAUUUGGUGAAGCCAGUGCGCCUCGAGCAGAUUAAGAACAUAUGGGUUCAUGUGCUGAAGAAGAAUAUGCCUGAUCCAAAGAAGCGCGUCAGCGGUGGCACUGAUGAUGCUGGUCAGAAUUUGCGAUCUGGAGACGCUCAGGGUGAGAAGGAUAGUGCAAACAACACCAGAAAGUAUUCGAGAAAGAACAAAAGCCACAGAGAUGGCACUGAAGAGGGCAGGCAGAACACAUACUCAUCAGCCCAGAAGAGGCAAAGGGUCAAGUGGUCCGCUCAGCUGCACCGCAAUUUUGUGGAAGUGGUCAAUCGGAUUGGCAUGGAUAAGGCUGUUCCAAAGAACAUACUGGAAAUGAUGAAUGUGGAUGGCCUCAGUAGAGAGAAUGUCGCAAGUCAUCUGCAGAAGUACCGGAUCUACCUGAAAAGGCUCAGCGAAGGCACAGUCAGGCACUCUAAUCUAUUUGCUGGUGAACCUGAAAGGAACAAAUGGAACCCCAUCAACAUGAAUGGACUGGAAAGUUUCAAGAAUCACCCUGAACAUGGUAGAUACCAGCCAUCCGCAUCCUUUGCUGGCUCUUCGAACUCAAGAAACCCUUUUGCAAGGAUGAAUUCUCCAUCUGCGUAUGGAACGCACAGCCUGCUGCCCUCUCAGUCAGUUCAGCUCAUGAGCACCCAGAGAAACUUGGGCGUUCCUCCUAAGGACAUGGGGCCAGUUGGUCAUGGGGGCAACCUGCUCAAGGAUGCUGUCCCACGAUCUCAGCAGGAUGCUAGUAAAUUCAUCUCUUCUGGCAACUCCUACGCAAACAUAUCGAAUGGUGCAAGAAAAUUGUUCCCUUCUGGUCCUUCAGGAAGCUCCUUUGCUAAUUCAUCAAAUAGCAUGCCGUUCAACACAAGAAAAUCUUUCCCUUCUGGUACUUCUGGCAAUUCAUUUGCAAACAUCUCAAAUGACAGCCCACCAUUGGCCGCGAGCAUCGGCAUUCCUUCCUUCAGUUCUGGCAAAUCCUAUGCAAGCAUGUUGCUGGCAAAUCCUUUUGAUGCUGACGACUCCUUUGAAAACAAGGCAGAUGGUGAGAUGCUGGUUCCUUCGAGUCAUUUACCAGUGCAGUCUCUUGAGUUGGUGAAGCAGUCUUCGGUUCAGAUACAGUCCUCUUCUGCUGACCAAUUUAGCAAAUAUCUCAGAGAGGCUCCCCAAUUUGCAGGGCUUAGCAACUCGAGCAGCUCCGGGAAAACUGCUGUGCCGUUGAAGUUUCCUAAUCUUGGUCAUAAGGAUGGAACGUCUGAAGGCUCCUCUCAGGCAAACAUCCUCAAGGUCAACCAGCUCUCGAGAUCUGUAUCCUCAUCAAGCCAGAUGCCAGCCUUUGGAAAUGAAUUUCAGAACCAAGUGGCAGCACCCAUGAAGAAAACUGCACCAAUAGUAGGUUUCGGUGACCAGGUGGCACAAUUCAACUUAGGAACCAACACAAACUCUACGGGGAAGCUGAAUGUUAACUCUGCUCCGGGCAGUGCUUCAAGCGUCAGAUCUACAUUGCCUAACCUUCGUAUAGAAAAUUCUGCCAUGCCGACCCAGAUGAUGAAUAGCGGGCGUGCAAGUGGCAAUCUCCCUGAGAAAGAUGGCACAAUUGAUCAGCAAGCUGUUGGCGACCAACUGAAUAAAAGCAUGGGAACAAGGGAGGCGCAGAAUGGGGCGAGUGGUGACUUGGAUGACUUUUUCGCUGGCUGGCUCAAUCAGAACUUCUUCAAUAAUAGUAAAGAUUUCAUGGAUGGGGAUUGGGAGUUCGCCCCUUGACAUCAACUCCGUUAGAGAGAUGUUUCUGCAUCUAUGUAGCCCACCUGCUGAUCAGUCCGUGGUUCUUGCAUGUUGUAUGUGCAAAAUUGUGCUAUUUGUUGUAGGGUAGCUAGGAGCAGGUCAUCUUCAGCGAAUCCCAUGUUUAUCUUGUGUAGUCAUGCGGGUUCUCUUUUGUAUCAGCUGUAGCUUUUAAC